ACCACCACCACCACCACCACCACCUCCACCACCACCACAGUCGUCGUCUUCGCUACUUCCAUCUACAAUAGCAGAACCAACAUCAUCAGCACAUGUAUCAACAUGUACAGAAGACAAUGAAGAUGAGAAACCAAUAGUAGAAGUAGUAAUUACUGAACAACAGCAAACUGCAGAAAAACGAAGAAGUCGUAGGGGAAAGCGUUCUCCUGCUGCAAGUUCACGUUCAUCUCCACUAAGGUCGAAACUUGCUUCAGAUGUUAAAAUGGAGAUAAAAGCAGAAAUGAGUGCAGGUACAGAAAGUGAAGAGGAUUCAACACAACCCAAAGGUAGAGAUUUUGACUUGAAUCAAAUUCGGUCAGAGCUUAAGGGUAUUGAGAAAACGGUUAAAUCAGCACUAGAGUUGAACCCAGUUCAAUCGCAUGGUGAUGCUGACGAUGAGGAUGAUGAUGAAGAAGAAAAUUAUGAAGUAGGUGUAGACAUAAAUGUAGAGGGAAAAGAUGAGGAAGAUGUAAAAAUGGGGGUCCAGGAAAUGAAAGCAAAUGUCAAAGCAGCAAGUGUUGUUCCUGCCCUUUUUGCUGACAUUGAGGAUGAAGAUGAGGAGGAGACAUUCAAAGUAUCACCAAAAGAUCUAUUAGCAACAGUAACAAUGUCACCAAUGGGAACAUCAUCUUUAAUGGAGGAAGAAGAAGAUGUGUAUGAAUUCAAAGAACCUGAACCAUUUGAAUUUGAAGUUCGAAAGAGAGAAUCACUAGAUUCAAAGGGACUGACAAGGAGACCAGCUGGCACAGCUACACGUAUUUUAGAACUCCCUGCUUCUGUUCCUGAUGUACCACCUGCCUUGACUAACACAUCUUCAACUGCAGCCUCUCUUGCACUAACACGUCCUGUAGAUAUUAAAUCACCUCGCAAGCGGCUCAUUCGAACACCAACAAAGGAUUCAAUGGCACUGGAAGGUGGAAAGAAAGUUCGGCGAACUCCACAAAAAAAGUUGUCUUCUGAGAUAAAUAAAAAUAUAGUAGAAACAAAAGAAGAACUAUCCAUUUCCGAUGUUUCAUCUUCACGAAUGCAACUCCCCACUUCUGAACGAGUUACACUAUCGACUUUUGUUCCUUCAUCUUCACUCUCUCAUAAAACGUCCUUGGAGCAUACAUAUGAGAAAGUUUCUCCCUUAGAUAUUGAACCACCUACCCCUACAACUCUUACUGUUCGAGGAAAAUCAACUCUAGGGGUGAGGACUCUCAUUGUGACAAGCCCUGUUACUGCACCUAGUAUUGAUGAAAGUCCUGUCAGUCCCCCAUUGCUUAGUCUUCCAGACGAUGGUGGAGGCGAGGAGGAAGAGGAAGAGGUGUUGUCCUCUCGUAAGUCACCUGAACUUGGUUCUUUGAGGAGUAUGUUAAGCGAAUCUCAUGAUGAUGAUUAUGAUGAUGACCAUGAAGAUAGGCUUGUAAUCUCGGAAUCAGAUGAUAUGGUAACUGAAACUGCAGAACCAUUAUUCAGUUACCAGCAAGGUGAUCAUGAAGACCUCUUCCCUACUCUUGUCACCUCUGCUGCAGUGGUAACUGCAGUGGGUGUAAGCAAGGCAGAAGACCCUCCAUGCUUAUCGCCAGCAGCGGCUCCAAGUGGCAUUUUUCAUGGUUUCAAUUCACCUGCCCAGGAGUUUGCGGAAACUUCUUUGGGAGUUAAUGUAGGUUCCAACAUAAAUUCCAUUAUUUCACAUGGACAUUCACCAUUACAGCAGCAGAAGCAGCCUCAACUAUUGCAGCUCCAAGUACAAUCAGAAGCACAAGAACAACUGAGACACCUGCAGCUAGAUCAACAGUCUCAUUCAUGGCAACAAACACAUUCACUACUUGCACAGGAGCAGGAAACAAAGCCACUUCAAGAGCAGUUGCAACUGCCAAAACUGCAGAAAGAACAACCACAAUCAUCAAAACAAUCACAAGACUUAUUCUCACAGGCGCAAGAGGUGCAAGACAGUAUGCCAAUCACAAGGAGCCAGCAACUACAGCAAGAACAAACACCAUUGUUUAAACACUUACCGGAGUCACUUUUAUCAUCCAAACCUCAGCAAGACCAAUCUCAGUUGCCAAAACAACUGCAAGAGAAGCCUCCACUUCUAAAACAGGUACAAGAACAUCCUCCACUUCUAAAACAGCAGGAACUACCUCAUUUGGUGAAACAUCAAGAAGAUGAUUUGUUGCCAAAACAACAAGUUUCUACAAGUACCAGGCAACAAAAAGAAAUUCCUAUUUUGUCAAAAGAAGAGAUACAUUCAUUAUCAAAACAGCAUGAAAUAAUACUCCCCAGAAAACAACUAGAACAACCUCCUGUGCCUAAACAUCAGCAGGAACAAUCUUCAAUGCCACAACAACAACAACAACAACAACAACAAUCUCCAUUGGCAAAGUUUCAAAAACAAUCUUCCAUGCCAAAAAAGGUCCAAGAACAAUCUUUACUGUCUAAACAUGUUCAAGAACUAAUCAUUUUGCCUAAACAACCUCAGGAACAGUCUUUGACAAAACAACUCCUAGAACAACCAUCAUUUCCAAAGCAAACUCAGGAACAGUUGCUAAUUCCAAAACAACCUCAAGAAAAGUUAUCACUGGUAAAAUUAACUCAGGAAGUGCAAUUGGUGGCAAAACAAUCACAAGAGAAAUCUUCACUGGCAAAACAGCCUCAAGAAAAAAUGUUACUAGCAAAACAACCCCAAGAAAAAAUGUUACUGGCAAAACAACCCCAAGAAAAAUCAUUGUUUUUGAAUCAGCCACAAGAAAAACCCAUACUACUGAAGCUGGCGCAAGAAAAUGCUUCACUGGGAAAACAGUCGCAAGAAAAACUUUUGCUGUCAAAACAACCACAAGAAAAACCUGUACUGAUAAAACGAAUGCAAGAAAAACCCUUAUUAGUUAAUAAGAUGCAAGAAAAACCCACCAUUAUGAAACAUCUACCAGAAAAAACCUCUUUGAUGAAACUGACACGAGAAACAUCAAUGACUAAACAAUUGCAAGAAAAAACCUUGACAAAGCUGACACAAGAUCAACCUUCACUAUCUAAACAACUCCAAGAACAAAUUCCAGUGGCAAAACAAUCUGAAGAACUUCCUGUAACAAAGCAACCACAAGAACCUCUUGUGAUAAAACAAUCUCAAGAAGCUAUUAUUCAGAAACAGAAAGACAUAUUUCGAUUAUCAAAGCAGCAGCAACAAGAAUCUCAGUUUUCAAAAACACCAGUGCAAUCUCCAUUACUGAAACUGCAGGAAGAACUGUUGCAGCCAAUUCAAACCCAAGAAACAUUGCCAAAACUACAACAGGAACAACUACACUUUUCCAAGGACCAAAAAGAACCACUUCAAAUGGCUAAACAGAUACAAGAACAACCACAGCCAUUACGAAAGAAACAAGAACCGACACAAUUACUCAAACAACAUUUAACUCCAAAACAAUCUUUACCACCACAAACCCAUCAGCCAUUACUACAACAGAGAACACAAGAGACGGAAAACUCACCACCUGCAAUACAACUGUCUUUUACUUCAAGUCCUGCAAGGUCACAAUGUUCAACAACUGGCAGUCCAGCAGAGAUUCGGCAUGGUGAGGACACCAUAAAGGAACUGUUGAAACAGCAUGACGAUGAUGAUGAGGAUGACUCUAUUAAUGCUGCAAUCCGUAGAGCAUUGGAUCGUUCUAUUAUGGAGGAAGAUGAAGAAACUUCAGGUGACAUGGAGUUGUUUUGUGAAAAACAGACAUUGGAACAAACACAGUCCGAUAUUCCAAAGGCUGCAACAAUUCCUACUGUUUCGUCUCAGAAAGGUUCUCCUAGUAGCAACGCUAGUCCAAGGCAUUCUUCUGGCAGUAAUACACCAGCAAGAAAAAGAGUAGCACGUGUUACUAUGACAUCUGCUUUCCUUGAUUCUGAGGACUCCAUAGCUGACAGCAGUGAUGAUGAAGGACAGCGCCUUAUUAUUGAUCCUAUGGAUGAUGAAGGUAGCUCACAACCACAUUCUUGUAGUUCAGCGAUGUCAGCUUCUGAAUUGCGGUUACGAAUCUCUGAAGCUGAAGCUGAAAUUGAUGCUGAAAACCAGCCUCAAGAUACAGAAGACGAUGCAGAUCUUGAAGCACCUGUUGAUGAUGAAUUAAGAACAGAGGAUGAAGAAACUUUUGAGGAAGCUUCAAUAGUUAUGGCACACAAUGUGUCACCUACUCCAAUUCCAGAUGAUAGUAGCUCUGCCAGUGAAGAAGUAACAAAUGCUCCAAUUGUGACUGAAGAGGAGACUAUGGAAGCAGAUGGUCUGUCUGGAACUACUCCUGUUCCAAGCGAACAUGCUGUGGAAGACUCUCUGGGAGGGGGGGAGGAGGAGGAAUCAGGAUCUCAACUUCAUCUCGAUUCAGAGGAAGCAGCUAUUGAAGUUACAAAUGAUAGUGAAAUAGUUCCUCCAGUCAUGACCCCUGUUAUUGUGAAGGUUGACUUGGAAGACGCUAGUAAGAUGGCAGAAGCAGAAAUUAUUUCAGGUGGUGUUGUUGUCCUUGAGGCUUCAACAUCAGAAUUAUCUUCUGAUCAUACAGAUGAACAAACUCUGUCAAGUGGUUGCCAUACUACAGCAACAACAGUAGUUACAGCUACAAUUGUGGCCUCAUCAUCUAAUAAUUUGAAUCCCCAAAGCCCUACAGCCAAUAUUGUGUGUGAAACAAAUGCUUCAACAGCUUCCUCCAUUCUUGCUCUAGCUGCUGUACCUUUGGGGGAAGUGGAGGCAGCUGAAAUACGCCAAGAAUCUCGUAGUGAUGAUGCUGACAGUCAGUUAUUAGGAUCGUUGCUUUGUCAAGAAACAAUUCCUGGUAGCCCUGCCCAAGCUGGUGAAGGGGGUACUGAUGAGUCGUUGCCUGAAAGCAAAGUAUUAGUGCUGGAAAUGCCAUUUGCAAGUGUGCCAGCUAGUACUUGUGAUGCAACAGAUCCUACUAUGUCAUUGCCAGUACCCAUUUCUGUUCCUUUGAGUAUUCCUGUUGUCACACCUGCUACUACAGCUUCUGCUGUGGUCACAACGGCAGUCAUUGCUUCAGAAGAUAUCCAGUCGAUAGCAGUUGCUGCAGCAUCUGUUCCAUCUGUCCCUGACAAUAUGCCAGUUACAGAAACAGCAGGUCCUGCUCAGCAUCAUCUUGCAAUCCCUUCACCUGGUGUGUCAAAACUCAAUUCUAGCGAAGCUGCACCAGUUCUAGAAAACACUCCUCCAACCACACCAGACAGCACAUUAUCUACCAUGUCUGGCUCUCCUAGAGAGGAGCACGGUGAAAUGUCACCAGCAAUGGAUAACGAGAGCUCAAAAUCUCACAGAGAUUCAUUUGAAAUGGAUUUGGAUAGUUGUCCAGAAGGCACAAAAGUUGGUCAUUUUAGUGAAGAUGAUUCCCUGCUAAAUGUCGAAGUUUCAAACUCCUGUGACAGUCGUCUUCAGGGAUUGAAGUUGGUUGCGAAGAAAAGUGGUCUUGAUUUAGACAAAGACAAUGAAACUUCUCCAAAAAAACGUCGUAGGAGUCAUAAGCGCUCUGAGAGCGAAAGCAAUAAGAGAGCGAGAUGUUCCACCGGAAGAAGCGUUCGGCCUACUGGAGGCACAGGAAGUGACAGUGAUGACACUUCAGAAAAUUCGGCUCUUGGAUGCACCCCCAUGGCGUCAUCUGAGAGCACGCUUUCUUCUAAAUCUCCCAGACCUUCAAAGUACAAUUUUUAUGUUGAAUUAGACCCAGAAUUAGAUGGCAGUCAAAGGAUUGCUUUGUUGCAACAAAAAUUACAAGAACUUCGAAAGACUUACAUGAAUGUAAAAGCAGAGCUUGCUUGUAUUGAUCGAAGAAGGAAGAAACUUCGUCGAAGAGAGAGAGAAGUGGAAAAAGCUUCGAAGCAAGAAGUAGCCUGCUCGUGAUCUUAGUGAAUAGCCUGCAAUGGCUGAUAUGAACUUAUGUCCAGAGCAUUGUUUUCUGGAUUAACAGCAUUUUUAUAAAGAAAAUUAUUUUCUUGGCAGUUGUACAAAGUCCAUUUACUUAUUGGUUUUGAUGUUUCUAACCAUAAUCGCAAGUAUUUUGGACUCCAAAGUGCUGAAGUGUGCAAAAGCAAUAUGGACAAGAGCAUUGCUGCCUUGAAAAGGGCUGUAUUAUAGAUAUUUUGACAAUUUGGAUGCUUAUAUAUAUAUACAUACAAAAGUACAUACUGACAAAUAUGUUGUAGUGUAAAGAUAUGAGAAAUUAGCAAAUGUAGUUUUCUAUGCUGAAUGUAAAAAGUGCAGAAUUGCUGAUACCCUGCAUGAUAUCGGUGAAGUGACCAUAUACCACCUUGAACCAAGGUUUUUAUAAAUAGAUCUAUUUUUAUGUAUAUCAAUCAGAAGAUUUAUGUGUUGUGAAAAGCACAAAUUGUGUUUUUUUAAUGACAUCAAAUUUUUGUCCUUUUUAAGGAUAUUUGCUCAUGGCCAGUGAUGCAUUUGAAGCAUUGACAAUGAAAUCAACUGGAUUUAUACAAAUAUUUGUCAAAGUUUCUAAGACUUAUUUUGUAUUUUAAACUUUAAUUCUGGAACAAAAGUGCAGGAAAUCAGUCUUAUGAAUUGAUUUUACUUGUGUAGACAUCAAUUCUCUAAUACACAACCCACCCCUGAGUAAAUGCAAAACUGGCUAGGGGCAUUGGCUUUUUUUCCAGGUUAAACAUGGUAUUGGUGCUGAAUGCAUGAGUGUUCUAUCUGCAUUAAUUCCAAAUGAAUGUUGUAUGAAUGUUUUAGUGUGUGAAAUUUAGCAUAUGUAAUGUACGAUGCAGAUGUCUGUGAGAAUGAUUUUUUAAUACCUGAUGGUAUGACCUAAUUUUUUUCUUGGCUCAUGGAAUAAUCUUCAUUAUGACUGUCAUAUUUUAAUAUGAUGAGAUCUUACUUGUGGAAGAUGAACUUCAGAAUUUUCUGCCUUAGUAUCACUUCAAUGUUUCAGAAAGAAUCAACACUUACACGUGUGCAAAGAUAAUUUAAGUAUGAAGUUCUUUGUUGGUUUUUUUUUGUUUUAUAGGUAUCACUUGAACUUGAAAUUACUGAUUUGAAUGAAUUAAUUUUAUGAAGUAUUUAUAUGUAUAUUUUGAAUCGUGUUAUAACUCUUGUUAAAUAUAAUAUUAUACUGCAUUGUAUCUCUUUCUCUUGGCUCUCUUCUGUCUUCCGAACUUAAAAAAACAAUUUUAAAACUAAAACAUGGAAGCAGUUCAUAAUAAUUCAUUUUAGGCAUUGAGACUAAACAAAAAGUUUGGGGACCAAGAAGACAAUACUGAUUUCAAGUAAAACCUGUCAGAAAACCUAGUAGUUUUGUUUCAUAAAUUUUAGUUACAUUCUCUUUUGUGUUUUAUGUAUAAAGCUUUUUAAAUAUUUUAUUAUCUAAUUUCAUCUAGCUUAUUGAGAGUAUUGAACUAUUGUUUUCCUUUAGGUGAUAGAAGUAAAGUACAAUGAGCCCUCUAAAGGUGUAAAUGAUCGUCUGUAUGUAAGAGUGAAAGGUCUCGAAAAGUUCAUGUUUAACAAGGAAGGAAAGUAUGUGUGCUGAUAUCUUGAUGAUCAAGAUGCUUUCAGCCUCCCUAGAAGCCAAAUGAGGUAGUUACAAUGAAUUUGCACUUUUGACAGUUUACAAAUUGUUUUCAAUUUUCUCUUAUGUAUGUAAAUGUUUCUUAAAAAUUAAUA